GGCCGAAGGUUGGAGCGGGCGGGGCCGGCGCAUCGAGGGAAACCCCGCGCCCGCUUGCGAAGCGGCGCGCCCCCCUUUCUCGCCGGCCUUUCGCCGGCAUUCGUAAAGUUUGCCAAAGGCCAAGACUGCCGGGCGUUAGGCCGCACCAUCAUCGAACUGCCAAGGGGAUGCUAUUUGGUACCACUUCCAGAGCAGUGCCCUUGCUGAAAAAGUGUUGCCGUCGCGCAAACAGCCGCCCGCUGGUAAUCCGAUUGCCAGCUAUUGCGACGCUAUUCAUGAAACAGGCGCCCUGCAAUCGUUGGCCCCCCCGCCGGCCCUCGCGCAGCACGUGCGGCAGCAGGCGCCGCGGCCCGCUUGGAAGACCCACGAGAGAGGGGGCCCCGCGGGGCCCUAUCGCGACUGAGGCCGCUUGCCGGCCAUGCGCAGUCUUC